GCAGGUGGAGCUGCUGCAAGCGCUGCGGGCGAGCGUUCAGUCUCUGCGGGAGGAGAGAGAGUCUCUGGCGGAGCAGCAGCAGGUCUGCGCGGCUCUCGGCGGCUCCACGGAGGCGUUGGUUCAGGAAAGAUGCAAAAGCAACGAGAAGGAGAAAUUCCGCAUGUUUGUGGGAGAUUUGGAGAAGAUCGUGAAUCUGCUGCUGUCUCUGAGCGCGAGACUGGCGCGAGUGGAGAACAGCCUGAGCGCGCUGCAGGAGGAGGAGGAGCACGAUGACGAGAAGGAGUCUCUGCAGCUGAAGCAGAAGCAGUUGCGCAGUCAGCAGGAAGACGCUCGCGAGCUGAAGGAAAACCUGGACCGGCGCGAGCGAGUGGUCCUGGAUAUUCUCGCGGGCUACCUGAGCGUCCCGCAGCUGCAUGACUACCAGCGCUUCAUCCGCAUGAAGCCAGCGCUCCUGAUCCGACAGCGCCACCUAGACGAGCUCAUCCGCCAGGGGGAGGAGCAAACGCAGAGACUAGAGGAGUCCCUCCCCCUUCAGCACCACCCAAAGAACACUGACUCCGCCCCCAGACCGACACACACUCUUAACUCCACCCACCUGCCACGCCCUACCACUGUGACCUCACUCUGACUCCGCCCACUACGGAUCAAUCACAAUGACUAUAAGUGCCUUAUAAAUAAUGAAGGAAGUAGCCGUUGGGUUUUCUGCGCAUCUACACUGCAAAUGCACACUAUAGCGCAACACUGAAGCACAAUGCUAAUUCGAUGGCAUCAUUUUCGAGCCCUGAGCACUUUGGAACAGAUGAACCACUACGAUAAGAAACACACACACACACACACACACAAAAACACUUUUUUUCUGUCUUGUUGAAAUUUCUGUCGAUUAAAAUGCGACAGGUGAUUAUUUAUGAUGAGUUUAGAAAGAGUUUUGUAUUGUGUACGUUGCUGUACAUACUCGAUCCCCGUGUUGAUUUUAAAAUAUAGAUGGUUAAAAACGAAACGCUGAAUUAGUGUUGACACGAUACUGGAAUUCGAUACUAAUCGCUACUGAAAUUUUAGUAACGUCAUUUCCCGCUAACAUUUGAGCUUGCUCUUAAACAGCGCUGAUUUGCAAUUGUGUUUAAAUGCUCAACAGAAAUGACUGUGAUUGGCAGUGAAGGUCAUCAGUUCACCGAACUCACCACUUUUCACUGAGUGUAACCACAAAUACAGGGAUACUAGAGCGUUUUAAAGCUCAGCCCAUAAUACAUGUCUGUGGGUCUCACUAUUCGAUUGAUUGAUUCGAUUGAUCAAUCUGCUUAUAGAUUGAUCCUAUUAGCAGGUUUGGAAUAUCUGUC